GCUCCCGCCAUAUUAAUAGCAUAAUUUGCUUUCUGUAGAUGCGUUUUUAGGUUUCCUAGCACCAACAUCAAGGUGAUGUUCCAGUCUCUGGUUGAUGAGCUGAAUCCUCCAUUCCACUCCCAGAUUCUCGACUCCCCCAUACGUAAGCCCAUGGUACCGCUCAAGAUCACCAUUCCGGAACCGGAACUCAAUUUGGCAAGCCCCAUUCCUUCUCCAACUGGCACGAUCAGGACAAAUGACCUGCAGAUGGCAGCAGUGUAUGCAGCAGCAGCCUCAGCCGAAGAAAAGAAAGAUAGUACAGAAACAUCUAGUUCAAAAGACGAUCACAAACCACCUUAUUCUUAUGCUCAGCUUAUAGUACAAGCCAUCUCAUCAGCUAGUGAUAAACAGCUCACUUUGAGUGGGAUCUAUUCCUAUAUAACCAAGAAUUAUCCUUAUUACCGUACAGCAGACAAGGGCUGGCAAAACUCAAUCAGACAUAAUCUGUCCUUAAAUCGCUACUUUGUAAAAGUGCCAAGAUCCCAGGAGGAGCCAGGGAAGGGGUCCUUUUGGAGGAUAGAUCCUCAAUCUGAAUCUAAACUAGUAGAGCAGGCCUUCAGACGUCGCCGACAGCGAGGUGUUCCCUGUUUCAGAGCUCCAUUCGGUGGUCUUUCAUCAAGAUCCGCACCUGCUUCUCCAUCUCACAGUGGCUUCAGUGGCUUGACCACGCCAGAUUCUCUCUCUCGAGAACCCAGUCCAGUACCUGAAGGCAUGGCAGAAUCCACAAGUGAAAGCCAGACAGGUGUCACCAUAGUAACUCCUGGUUCCUACUUCACUUCUCAUGAGAUCAAAACUAGCCAAUCUGCCCCAGGAUCUCCUGGUCACCAUCAUUCACAUAUCAUUCUAGCCAGCUCUUCAGGAAGUGCUACUUCAUCACAAGUUAUGGCAAACAAACCAAAAGUAUUUGUGAACAAUCACCCAGUUACCAUGGUAACGAAUGGAACAGUUAGUAAUGGCCGCCAUAUUGAUCACAGCUGGCAGGAAGGUAAGAACUCCAAAUUUGGUGGGCUCUAACUUCUUAGAUGGAACAAUAAAAGUUAUAGUACGGUGGUGUGGUAAUCACACGUUGAUGCACAACAACAUUAUGUCACACCCGUGCUUGACGAUUACAGCUACUGAGGAAAAUGAAUUUGACACCUUCUGACGUGAGCAACAGAAACAGUAAACAGUCAAAGUUUACAAAAAGAAGAUCAGUAGAAGUCAUCUAGAGGUUUCUCAAUAUUAUAAGUUAAGCAGACUUUGUAAGGUGUACAGUCAAUAUUAUACAGUAAGGUUUAAAUUAUCCUGUAAUAUUUCAUCUCUGUCUUAAAUACUGUGCAGUCUUUGUUAUGUGUUUUGAAAGGGGAAAUGGAAAUAAUAAGUAACAAUAAUUAUUGUAUUAAUUAAGUAACAUCGGCUCAUAUUACAAGAAUUUGUGAAGUUGAAUUAUCUCGUACUAACAUAUAACUG